AACUUCUCGCGAGAAACAAGACUGGCGGAAAUUGGUUUAGUAGUUGGGACCAAACGCAUCAGUAGAUGACUGACUCCGGGAGAUGGCAGUAAUAAUACCAAGUGGAUGUCAGCAGCUAAAUACUUCUCUGAAGAAGAAGACGCAACAACAUCCACAGCAGCAGAAGAAUAGCUAAUGCUACUCGCCGGUCGGAAAUAUCGUCUUUCUCCACGGUGCUUGUGUGGCUUCAGAUGUAUAUGGGUCAACGUGUGUAACACAAUGGAGACCUGCAAUUAUGCCACAGCCCAGAAUGAUGCUGGUGGUGACUGGAGAUGAUUUUGGUUACUGUCCAAGGAGGAACCAGGGAAUUGUGGACUGUUUCCAGGCUGGAGGCAUUUCCAAUGUAUCGCUGCUGGUUAACACCACUGCUGCAAAAGAGGCAGCUGAUCUAGCUAAACGACACAACAUACCUAUUGGCCUCCAUGCUAACCUGUCAGAGGGAAUUCCAGUAUGUCAGAGUGUCCAGCAGGCCUCCACUCUGAUAAACCACCAUGGCUUCUUUCAUGGGAAGAUGGGCUUUCGUCAGGCCCUGGAGAGAGGUCAGCUCAGCAUGAAACAGGUGGAGCUGGAAUUGAGUGCCCAGGUCAGACAAUUCAGGGAACUUACAGGUCACCUGCCACAUCACAUGGACGGACACCAGCACAUCCAUGUACUGCCAGAGGUGCGUGAGGUGUUUGCACAGGUGCUGUCAGAUUUCAGCAUUCCAUACACUCGUGUUCCAGUGGAGCCAGGUUUACACAGCUGCCCGUGGCUACCAGUGCACCUCCAAAGAUUCUGUACACAGGUGGAGAAGGACGCCUUGGACUCUAUCCCUGUGUUCACACGCUAUGGAAUCAGGUGGCCAGAUGUGUACCUGGGACUGACCACAAUGGGCCAGAACAUGUCGGUCCCCAACCUGCAGAGGGCCCUCAGCCAUGCUUUGGCUGCCGGGCAUUCAGGCACUACCUCCAGCAGUGCAUCAGGUUCAAAUCAAUCUGUGGUCACAGCAGAGCUCAUGGUUCACCCAGGUUACCCCAGUCACCCAGAUGAAGGAGGCUGCGGAGAGGGUCCUGAUGAUUUCUCCCAGUCAGCUGACAGACAGCAUGAGCUGAACGUGCUUAGAGAACCAUCCCUGCUGGCCCUCUAUAGUCAGGAGAGAGUGCAGCUCUGUGCAUUCAAAGACCUCUGACUACUGCUGUCUAAAAAUCUACUGUAAACACUACACUACUGCAGAGAGCAAGUGGGAAACCUUAUCUUCCAGGUUCUGUUCUAUUGGUAAAAAAAACAUAUUUCAGAGUCAAAUUGCCAUUUGCUAGAAAUCGGCAUAAUCCUAUAAAUGUCAUUUGCAGCAUGUUUAAUGAAUACGGUUUAACCCAAGGCAGUCACAGCUUCACAGACAGAAGCAUAUGGAUUGAGAGCUAUGAAUUAAGUUGUCUCUCUAGUCCAGCCAGACUGUUGGCUGCAACAAUAGUACAUCUUCUCUUUUUUCAACCUAGUUCCCUAGUAUAAAAAGUUGUUCACAUUUUGUAGUCUUGAUAUUUCGGUCUGCUGAUUUUACCUUCAAUAGGAGACUGCACUGAGGUAGAGAGGCUACUCAGGGAGUACCAUUAUCCAUUUACAGCCUCUGAGUAAAUGUGACUCGAGCACAGAAGCACUUCAAAAACUAAACUUGCCUACAAAAUGGAAUGUAUUGUUCUAAGGUGUUUGUUAAAGUUUGGAUGUUUAAGACAAAGUUAGUUUUUUUAUGCAAGCCAUACUGAGUGCUGCUACACAGUACUCUGAUACAAUUUAUUGCACUACCUGCAUGCCCUCAGUUGCACAUAUCAAUUACAACUUGGGUUCUGUAGUGUGGUUCUGUCCAUUAUUAUACGCUGUACUUAGCCAAUACAGUGUAGAAGUAAAUGGCUGAGAUCUGGGAACACAGUGGUAUAAUACGGCCCUUUGAGUAUUCAAAUAAGUCCAGGUAAUAAACAAACAUGAGCAGUCAGAUGAUCAGGCAUGCCGGUGAGACAACUUCAUCUAGUUUAUUUUCAUCAUCCUUCAUUUUAUUGAUCCAUCAUCUGCUUCAUCCUUGACCUGCUGUACUCACUGUAGCUGUGAACACACAGCUUCUCUGGGCAAUGGCGGAUUAUUAGAGAGGGGUACACUCACAUAAAGUGGUUUAGUUAGAUUUGAAUAAACCCUUGGUUUGUGUUGACACAUUGUCUGACCUCUCCAUAGUGAUGCCACCAUGUUUCUAGAUCUCAGCUUUAACUUGGUGAGUAAACAGAUAUUAUUGUUGACUAAUCAAAGUAUACCCAAGUUGUAAUAACCUGUAGUUUUCCUUUAAGUGAAUUAGUAUCUGAUCUUGAGGUCCUGCUUGAAAAUCUAUUUAAGACCUCCAUUAUUUCAGCUUUGUCCUUAAGUUUUGAAAAUUGCUCCAUGUGUAUGUUUAAUCAAAUUACAACACAGAACUCUAUGGUCAGGUAUUAAGUAUUGAAUCUUAGUAAAAACGGGCUAACAGGGCCCCAGCAGUGUAUUUAUGUCUCAGAUGUCGAACAGUUGAAUCAUAAUAUUUGUGUGGUUUUUCUUUAAAGGGUGAAGGGAUGAUUUCUAAUGAUCUGAGGUCUGUGCAGCACAAGUAGCGAUGAACAUCUUGUCAGUGUGUGUCUAAGGGAAUGCUAUUUUAACAUUCACAUUUAAAAAUCACCUGUAACACUAUGUUUAUAAUUUUUAAGGCCAUUGUCUGUAUAUCUACAGUAGAAUUGAAUGUUUUGAUUCAGUUUCUUUCCAACUUCUAACUUAAUAUUUUAAUUCAAUGAUUGUUUUUUGUAAUCAGAAAGCAGCGUUUAAAACUGACUCGCCAAUAUCAAAUAUGAUAUCCUCCAGGGUUUUCAAGGGACUUAGGUUCUCUCUUGGUGACAGGGAGUGGUGGUGGCACUCAGGAGUUUGAAAUGAUUUGAAAGAAAUUUUAAAUUGUUUAAACAGAGAGAUUUGAUUUGUUUCCGGUCUGUGAUUCGAAACCCCAUAUUUAUACCAUUUUAUCUUGAUGAAUGCACUUUUUAAAAUAAUCUCUUAAAAACUAAUAAAUUCCCAAAAUGAUUAUAAUUCAUUCAGCAAAAUCACUGUUUACACUCACUGUUACUGGAAGAGAGCAUGAAGAACACAUGAAACAGUGUCACUCUUUGAUUAUGUUUUCCUACUUUUUCUUUUUACCAAGUUGUACCUUAACUUAAUUUGGGAAUUUCACUCCCUGCUCUGGUGUCUAUUUGUCUGUGUGUAACAGUGGGAGAUUGAGCCCUGCCCAUGUUCAAACCACCAGGACAGAGGAUCCAGUGUGACCAUAAAUGUUAGAGAACUCUCAACAUACUGUAUAUGUUUUUUCAAAUAUCUUUGUUGCUGUGGAGAAACACUUGACCAAGUGGUCUAAUUGAAGGGAAAACACUCUUUAUCUUUAUAAAUACUAUAUCCAAUUUCUAUAUUUAUGUGACUCAAAAAGUCAACCCAUACGAUGCUAGAGGAUAGGACAGUUCAGACUUGUGCUAUUAAUACUGUUACACAUUAGAAUGUAUUAGUGUUGAUAAAUCAUUUGUGCAGCUUCUAAAUGUAUUUUAUCAAGUUAACACCAUAACCUGUGGAGCCAUCCAUCCACAUGGGUCUCACCUCAUAGGGUGAGACUGUUUAGUGAGAUCUACUGGUUAAUAUUAUAAAUUAAAAGCACAUGCUUCCAUACUGGAUGGCUCAUGAUGAAAGUUUGACUCAAAAGUAAUCAUGUCAAGGCUCCAGUCAAUAUAUAAUGUUUACUACCACAUAAAUAACACAAAUUAAUGGUGCUUCUCAUGAAAGCCUGUGCAUGGAGCAGGCUCCCAAAAAUAAUGAAAAAUGUACAAUUGGUGUAAAAAAUAUGGGUUGUAACACCCUCAAUAUCACUCUUGUUUAAGAAUUUGCCCUUUUAAAAACAAAAUGAUAUGCAGUACAGACUUAAUGGUUCUUGUCAAGAUACUUUUGAAGUUUUAGAAAGGAAAUUAUAUCAAGGGCCUAAAAAGUAAUGUGGGAUUUGGACAAAAGUACAGGCUUUCAUUUUCUGACCCAUUUUGUGAUCUAUCCAUCCAUUAUCUAUAGCACUUAACUUUUGAGAGGGGAUGGAGACAAUACUUGUUUGUUUAUACCUUAUUCUGUUCGGUGUUGCACUUAUUCUUGGACAGGUGAAGCAAACCGUGUUAAAGGGGGUUGGAUUGUAGUGGGAACACUGGUGGUAAGGUGUGACUGUGGUAAAUGAUUUACAUGGCUCCUGGGUCAGGAAGUUGAACUUUGCAUAGAGCUCCAGGGAAGUCAUGACUGGCUCUGAACUCAUUUCAAUUUUGAACAGCACAUUAAACCUUGUUAGUGGAUUACCUGCUCUACUUCCUGACCCACAGCCACACAAUAUUAAACUCACACUGGCUCAUUACAAGUACUUUGUUUAAUCAUCAAAGUACAUACUACUGGAAAUAAAUCUUAAAUGUUA